CGCCAUGUGCUCUCUCUUCCCUCGAUCCCCAUCCCCCACCGCCAAUCUCUAACUCCCUAUCUCCGUCCUCAAUCGCAAUCCCUUCUCUUCUCUCUUCUCCCUCCCCGAAUCCUUCAUUCUUAGCUAAAAUCCACGAGAAAAAGCGGGCAAAAAGAAGUAUUUUUCAUCAUAAUUCGCCCCCUUGGGGCUCCGGAAGAUUCGAUUUAAGGCUGGGACGGUGGCAGGCGGAAACCCUCGCCUUUUUCCGCUUUUGGCUCCCGCUUUUAUCAGAGGAAGGGAGGGGCAAAGGCCAAAGAGAGAAAGAGAGAGAGAGAGAGAGAGGGAGGAGGGGAAUCCGAUGAUUCGCGGGGCGCGGGGCCCCGUUGACCGCCCGCGCCGUUGGAGGCCGUGAAGGGCCCUCGUCGCUCGUGUCGAGAGGUGGAGACGGGAAUCAGUAGAUAGGACGGUAGGUAGGGUUUGGGAGUGAUGGCGGUGGGUGGGGGAGGGGAGGAGAUGGAGAAGGAUUUCGAGGCGAAGCUCCGGUUGCAGCAGCAGUCGCCGUCGCCGUCCCCGAAGGUGCAACGCAACAACAGCAUUACCUUCAGGGCGCCGCAGGAACAAUUCACCGUCAAUGAUUUCGAGCUUGGCAAGAUCUAUGGCGUCGGUUCCUACUCAAAGGUAGUGAGAGCAAAGAAAAAGGAUUCGGGAAAUGUAUAUGCUUUAAAGAUCAUGGACAAGAAAUUCAUCAUGAAAGAGAACAAAAUAUCUUAUGUAAAGCUGGAGCGUAUUGUGCUUGAUCAGUUAGAACAUCCUGGCAUAGUCAGAUUGUUUUUCACAUUUCAAGAUGCUUACUCCCUUUACAUGGCACUUGAGUCUUGUGAAGGAGGAGAGCUGUUUGACCAAAUUACCAGGAAAAAGCAUCUUUCUGAGGAUGAGGCCCGCUUUUAUGCAGCAGAAGUUAUUGAUGCCUUGGAAUAUUUACAUGGCCUAGGAUUAAUUCACCGGGAUAUUAAGCCAGAGAACUUAUUGCUCGCUUCUGAUGGACACAUUAAAAUUGCUGACUUUGGUAGCGUGAAGCCAACUAAGGACAGCCGAAUCACAGUCCUUCCAAAUGCAACAAAUGAAAAGGCAUGCACUUUUGUGGGGACAGCUGCAUACAUUCCUCCAGAAGUUCUCAACUCGUCUCCAGCAACCUUUGGAAAUGACCUAUGGGCCCUUGGGUGCACCAUAUAUCAGAUGCUUUCUGGUUCUGCCCCCUUUAAAGACGCUAGUGAAUGGCUUAUUUUUCAAAGAAUUAUUGCCAGGGAUCUCAAGUUCCCUGAUUAUUUUUCAGAUGAAGCAAGGGACCUUAUUGAUAAGUUGUUGGAUACAGAUCCUAGCAAAAGACCAGGUGCUGGGCCUGAUGGUUACGCCGCCCUCAAGAUGCAUCCUUUCUUCAAGGGAAUCGACUGGAAGAAUUUACGAAAGACACCAGCACCAAAGCUUGCUGUGGAGUUGAAUGUGGAUGAGGAUGAUGAUACUCAGGAUUCUACAUGGAACCUCGCACAUGUUGGAGGUGGUUCGACACGUCAACAUGCCAUCCCUGAUGGGAAUAAUGGGGCCACAUCAUCAUCAUCUGAAACACAUUCUCAUAUGUCUAGGAUUGCUUCAAUUGACUCUUUUGACUCCAGAUGGCAAGAGUUUCUGGAGCCUGGAGAGAACAUUGUUAUGAUUUCAAAGUUGAAGAAACUUCAGAAGCUAUCAAACAAGAAAAUACAACUCAUUCUCACAGAUAAACCCAAAUUGAUAUGUGUAGAUCCUUCCAAGAUGAUGGUUAAAAAGAACAUUAUUUGGUCUAAUAACCCCGCCGACCUCAGUGUCCAAGUAUCAAAUUCUUCGCAUUUCAAGAUAUGCACACCAAAGAAGGUGAUGUCAUUUGAGGAUGUGAAGCAGCGAGCAUGGCAAUGGAAGAAGGCAAUUGAAGGUCUACAGCAGCGCUAGAUUCAAUUAAUUCGAUCUCACUCUCCUAUAAUACUGCAUCAGUUCAUUUAUGUAGGCUUGCUUCAGAGGAGAAUUAUUAUAGAAAGAGGAGAGCAGCAGUUCCAUUCUCAGCAGCCUCCAAUGCUCUGAAGGGGGGUCUCUUAUGCUGGGUCACUUGAAAAAGUACUGAUUCAUUGUCACUAACAGAAUUUUUUUCAUGUUGAUUGCAUUGUAUCAUAGAUUAUUAGAUAUUUGCAGCUAAUCUUGUGGCUGGAUGAGCGAAAUGUUUGUUCAGGGGCCAGAGAGAGAGAGAGAGAGAGAGACAUGAAAAAGGGGUAGGCUAGUAUCUUUGUAUUGUUUGAACUUGUCAAUGUUUUUUUUGAUCUUCUUGAUGAGUUUUUUUUAUCUUUGUAUUGUUAAGGAAGCUGUUCUUUUUGUCAUGGCAUCU